AUGUCAUUCGAUACAAAAGUAGAUGCCCUCAUUAAGGUGUUACUAAUCGGUGAUAGUGGUGUGGGAAAGUCAUCUCUGCUUUAUUCAUUCACAACUGGAACCUUUAAUGAAGGCAUUGGCACAACGAUCGGAAUCGAUUUUAAAGUUAAAAAAGUGGAUGUCGUGGACGAAAUAAGUGGGCAGUGUCGGCAUGUGAAUAUGCAAAUAUGGGACACUGCUGGGCAGGAGCGUUUUCGAACCUUGACAAACUCGUAUUAUCGAGGGGCCCAUGCUAUUGUUCUUGUCUACGACGUCAGUGUGCCUGGUUCGUUUUCUAGUCUUUCAAAAUGGCUGGAAGAAGCAAAAAGAUGCUCCCAAAGUGAGGAUAUUACUUUUUUGCUUAUUGGGAACAAAAUUGAUUUGUGCAUUUCUGAAGAACAUAUGCCUGUUCCCCAACUAGCUGCUGAGUCGUUUGCGAGACAACACCACAUGCUUCUUGCAUUUACCUCUGCAAAAACCAGAGUAGGAAUUUCACAAGCAUUUGAUGAGGUUGCUCGAAACGCAUAUGAUCGGCUUGCCGAAAAGGGUGACACUACCAAACGCCAUACCAAGAAUCUGAUUGGGGAAUUCUCUGAUAGAAGUUUCGCGACAUGUUGUUGAUAUGAUAUUUGUUUCCGUAGGAAAAAUGAUUACCUGAAGCGUCACCCAUAAAAUAGUCAUGCAAACACCUGUGCAUCUGUUUUCAUUAUAGUGAUAAAA